CAGGCCAGCAGGCAGCAGGCUGUGCACUUAAACAGGGAGUCGUACAACUCACUAUACGGAACAUUCACCGGCUGAGACAGAGCACCAUGGCAGGGAGGAGACGAGGCCGAAAUAACAACAGCCAUCAGCAGCAACAGGCCGCUCAAAACCAGAGGAAAGUCCCACGAAAGGCACUGAGAGAACCAGCUCCUUUUGCAAAGCCUACAGAUUCUGAAGCUGAGACUUCCACAGAAAAACUGACUGUUGCCCAAGCGCGAAGGGGAACUCCAGCACAUCGUCCUGUUCGGGUUUAUGCUGAUGGCAUCUUUGACCUCUUUCAUUCGGGACAUGCUCGAGCCCUGAUGCAGGCAAAGAAUUUGUUUCCCAACACCCACCUGAUAGUCGGAGUUUGCAGCGAUGAACUCACCCACAAAUAUAAAGGGUUUACUGUGAUGUCAGAAGAUGAGCGGUAUGACGCUCUCACACACUGCCGGUAUGUGGAUGAAGUUGUCCGGGAUGCUCCCUGGACCCUCACCACUGACUUCCUCAAAUUACAUAAGAUUGACUUUGUCGCCCAUGAUGACAUCCCCUACACCUCUGCUGGAUCUGAAGAUGUGUAUAAGCACAUCAAGGAGGCAGGAAUGUUUGUGGCCACUCAGCGAACAGAGGGCAUCUCCACAUCUGAUCUCAUCACGAGGAUAGUUCGAAAUUAUGACAUAUAUGCCCGACGUAACCUGCAAAGAGGCUAUACAGCAAGAGAACUCAAUGUUGGCUUCAUUAAUGAGAAUAAAUAUCGACUUCAGGACCAGGUGGACAAAGUAAAAGAGACGGUCCGCACUGUGGAAGAGAAGUCCAAAAGCUUUGUGUACAAAGUGGAGGAGAAGAGCCAUGAUCUGAUUCACAAGUGGGAAGAAAAAUCAAGGGAAUUCAUUGGCAACUUUCUGGAGCUUUUUGGUCCAGAUGGAGCUUGGCAUGCUAUCCAGGAGAGGAGUGGGCGGAUGCUGCAAGCGCUCUCACCUUACUCGUCGCCGCGGGGAUCUCCCAGCAGCAGUCCCACCAGACGACGCUCCAUUUCUCCAGACUCCUCCUCCCUGUCACUGUCUCCUUCCACUUCUCUCAGUCCACCUUCCUCUCCAUCAGCAUCCUCUCAGAAAAGAGGCUCUAGAUCUUCUGUUAAAUCCACCUCCACUUAUGCCAGACAUGUACAAUAAGCAUCUAAUGUCUGGAACUAUAUUAUAAUUUUUGUUUUUUGUUAAUUUAAUUUAUACAUAAAAUAACAUGAUAGACAGACUGUAUGGUGCUCUGUCUUGAAAAUACGAGAAUGGAUUCUGUCUUUGUAUUUCAUUCUUUUGUCUUCAUGUGAAUUAUUCUGCUCUCAUAAUGCGAAGACCAUAAAAAAUAAAAUAAGUUUUGAUUAUGGC